GCCCCUCGCUCCAUGCUUCUUGUCUGCCUUUGUGAGGCGGGGCUUUCAUGUUACCCAGGCUGUUCUGGAAGAAACCCAGAGUCUGGAGGAAGAUAUAGUCAACCAAGACGUAAUGGUAGAGAUUUCAUUUCCAUUUUAUUUAAUUGCAUGAUUUCCUUUCUAUAAGAGCAGGUAUGUUUAGUGUUAUGGAGUAUUCACCAGAGAAGACAGCUUGGACACGGGUUAAGCCAAUAGAAAGUCUUUAUUAUCCAGCCAGCAACUACACUGGGUGUUCAGGAUCCCAGUAUAGCCCUAAGCCUUUCUUGGGGUGAGAUUUUAAGCAUACUCACACACACAUACACACACACACACACACACACACACACACACACACACACACACCAAAAAACAAAAAAACAAAAACAAAAAACCAAACACAAACAAACAAAAAACCAUGUCCUGGGUUGACACACCUCAGUUAGCAAGAAUAGUUAGCCAGAAGCAGAACUACAGAAGGCCACAAGCAAGGUUAGUCCAUUUAGAGACUAUCUUGAUGGACUAUGGACUUUGAUGGAUCAGGUCUUUGCUUUGGUUUUAGUGGGUGAUGCUGUCUACGUGCUGAGUUAUACAGCCUGAGUGGUACUUCCACCAUGGAGUGGCUUAUGCUGAGGUCUGGGGACUUCUUUUUACAGUAGUGAUUUAUGCUUUCUUUUAAAUUAGACAAAAGGAAAAAAACUGUUGAUAAGAGCACAUGCAUUCAGACGGAAAGAAAUGAGGACAUUUAUGCUGAAACAGCUGAAAUCUUUAGGCACCUGGCCUAAAGAAGGGAGUUUGAUGUUCCUUUAUAGGGCACGCAGAGCUCCGCCCAAUCCCACCUCAGUUUUCACCUGGUCCCAAGAUGUACCACCCUUCCCCUGCAUGGCUUCCUCCCCCUCACUGUCCCUUACUCUCUAGGGUGCAUUGCUGAUCUCUCUUUAAGUAGCCAACACUCCUGCCUAAGCCUCACUCUAGGGCUUCCACUCGGCUCAGAGGCAGGGCUUCCUCAGGAGCAACCACAACACUACGUACUAUUCUGAACCAAUUCUACACACCAAAGGAGAAUUUUGUGCCAGUUAUUAGGGUGAGGGGAAAAGAUCUUUUUUUGGUGAUGUUUCAUAUAACUCUGUAUUAAUUUUCCACAGGAAAAAGUGUCUCCUAUUUUCAAGUUUGAAGUUUUAAACAUCAUCCUCCUUAGGAAUUUCAGUACCUAAUCUGAAAUGGUUUUCUUUCACCUGGAGACAUGUUACCUGCUGUCUCGAAGGGUGAGAAUAAAAAGGUAACACACAAGGGAAACAGCGGUGGGAAAGAUGGCUUUUAGCCCAUUCCUUCACAGUGGCUCAAGGUUCGGCACCCAGUACAUGAGCUGAAUGACUUCAUUAGGGAAUUCAAAGUCAAAUAGAUCCCUUUAAAUAUUUUAAAACACUAAAAAAUACUCAGCAUAUAACCUUUAGAGGCACAGCUCCCACACCACUGCUGACAUUUGUAUGCUAUGGGAACAGCCUUCUUAGUGUCAUGGUACAGUUCUACCAAGCAUGGAUUCACCAGAGUGAGUCCAGGACAAAACAGGCCCGCAAACCCCAGCUGCAUUAGCAGGUUCGUUCAUUCGUUCACUUGACAUAUUCUGAAGCCCGUAUUUAGUUCACACGUCAUGAUCUAAGAAGUAGCAGCAGCCCGGGUGUUGGUGUACACUUGUAAUCUGAGUACUUGGGAGGUGUUUGCAGGAGAAUGAGUUCAAGGCCAUCCUCGGCUCCAUAGUGAAUUAGAAGCCAUCCUGAAGUACAUGAGGUCUGGUCUCAUAACCAAACCAAGCUAAUCAACCAAUAAAAUAAAUCAAAAGAGCCUCUUCCCCCACCCCAAAGAAAACAAAACAGAAAGCCGAGUCAAAACCAAAACCCGCAAUGCACUUGUCCUCUGUCUCAGAUGUGAAAGGAACAUUCUCUGAGCUAUUGAUGGAUUGAAGGGAAUGCGAAGAGUUCAGUAUUAAUGUUUUCUUCAAAUGUAUUUUGUGGGGCCAACCCAGGAGAGAGGAAGGUCUGCGCGGGGGUUGGGGAAGUGACUUCACACUUUUGAUAACAGAAAGUCCUGUUAUCACUGCAAACAUCUAGCUAUUGAGUGAAAAAGCGGGCGAAGUCAAAUCGCUCUCACGUCACGUCUUACUCUCCCCAAGCCAAACUUUCUCCGUCAAUCCCGGUAGGUCACUGGGGAAAAGCCGCAGAGAAGGAAACGCUGGCUUCGGCGGCAGUGUGUCGCCCAAUUAAUGUUGGUCUGGGAGUCACCUGAAGCCUUCGAGCUACUGCACCCAGGGAGCAAGCUUGCUUUUCAAUUCGGUCAUUUCCAUGGGGAAUUGCGGCACGCGCAGGUCCUGGGUGUGGCGAUGUCGAGAUGGAGCUCACAUCUCCAGGCUUUCCACCUUCUGGCCAAUCUACACAGCUGAGAGAACUACGGAUGAUACGGGCCUGCCUUCCUGCAACUCGGGAACCGCAAACGACCGCGACCCCGUGGCCACUGCCCGGUGCCAAAGCCAGGCUGCGCGCUCCGAGCGUGUGAGCUUCUCCCCAACCGGCUCUGCGCCGGGAGGCGGAUCCCCUUCCCUGCGCACAAGUCCUUAUAUGCACCGGUUGCACCGGCCCGCCUUUACUCCAGCCCCACAAAUAAUUAAUGGGGGACGGAGGACGCUGCUGUCUUUUCCCGCUGCCUCUCCUCACCACCCUUUUCACCCUUAGUGCAUCUGAACCCAGUCAAGAAACCCCAAGAUGCGAUCGAAGGGCCAUUUUGGUGCAUUGCACAAAUUGGACACAUUAAAAAAUAGCCUUCGGGUCCCUGCACAGUGAGGUUCAAGAUCUGCUUUUCCGAUUCAGCACUAUUAACCCGCAAAAGCUGGGGCGGAAAGGGUGCGCGCCCCUCCCCCACCCUGGCUAGUGCAAAGGGACCCGGUCAGGAAGCGCGGCCUCUCCCCAGUCGGAGACCACGCCUCCUCCCCCCCACUCCUCCCAGGAAGCGGUGAUAGACAGUUCUGUGUGGUUCUCCACCCCCAACCCCCCCAGCUGAGUGGAGGAGUUGAUAUGUCUCAUUAUAACAGCCAAUGCAGCCGCCAUCCACGCACAAGCAAAGAAGCAUGUCCCAUUUAAAUACACCCACGCAGCCCCAGCGCCCUUAGCCGAUCAGGGCGCGCAGCCCACACGCACCGCGGCUCCCGGCUUGGAGAUCCGCGCAGGUCGGGCUCCGGGAUCCCGCGGAUCGACGCUCUCGGAAGAUCGGGAUCGGACUCUUGUGGGGCCCGGGUGGGCAGGGGAGGCUGGGCCCCGGGCCUCUCUGGCGGACAGCCGCAUGAGGACGCGAGCGAAAUAGACCAGGGUGGAAUUGCCAAGGCAGACGCUUCGGGGUGGUUUGGUCCAUUUCUCCCGCGAAGAGUCGACAUGGCGAGCGACUCCCCAGCUCGCAGCCUGGAUGAAAUCGAUCUCUCCGCCCUGAGGGACCCCGCAGGGAUCUUUGAGUUGGUGGAACUUGUCGGAAAUGGGACGUAUGGUCAAGUUUAUAAGGGUCGUCAUGUCAAAACAGGACAGCUUGCAGCCAUCAAGGUUAUGGAUGUCACAGGGGAUGAAGAGGAAGAAAUCAAACAAGAAAUUAACAUGUUGAAGAAAUAUUCUCAUCACAGGAACAUUGCAACAUACUACGGUGCUUUCAUCAAAAAGAACCCUCCAGGCAUGGAUGACCAACUGUGGUUGGUGAUGGAGUUCUGUGGUGCUGGCUCAGUCACUGACCUGAUCAAGAACACAAAAGGCAACACACUGAAAGAAGAGUGGAUCGCAUACAUCUGCAGGGAGAUCUUACGGGGCCUGAGUCACCUGCACCAGCACAAAGUGAUUCACCGAGACAUCAAAGGGCAGAACGUCUUGCUGACUGAAAAUGCAGAAGUUAAGCUAGUGGAUUUUGGAGUGAGUGCCCAGCUUGACCGAACAGUGGGCAGGAGGAACACAUUCAUUGGAACACCGUACUGGAUGGCACCGGAAGUCAUUGCCUGUGAUGAGAACCCAGAUGCCACGUAUGAUUUCAAGAGUGACUUGUGGUCUUUGGGAAUCACCGCCAUUGAGAUGGCAGAAGGCGCGCCCCCCCUCUGUGACAUGCAUCCCAUGAGAGCCCUCUUCCUCAUCCCCCGGAACCCAGCGCCUCGCCUCAAGUCUAAGAAGUGGUCAAAAAAAUUCCAAUCGUUUAUUGAGAGCUGCUUGGUAAAGAAUCACAGCCAGCGACCAGCCACCGAGCAAUUGAUGAAGCAUCCAUUCAUACGAGACCAACCUAACGAGAGACAGGUCCGAAUUCAGCUGAAGGACCACAUCGACAGAACCAAGAAGAAGCGAGGAGAAAAGGAUGAGACCGAGUACGAAUACAGCGGAAGUGAGGAAGAAGAGGAAGAGAAUGACUCUGGGGAGCCCAGCUCCAUUCUGAACCUGCCAGGAGAGUCGACGCUGCGACGAGACUUCCUGCGACUGCAGCUGGCCAACAAGGAGCGCUCAGAGGCCCUGCGGCGCCAGCAGCUCGAGCAGCAGCAGCGGGAGAAUGAGGAACACAAGCGGCAGCUGCUGGCGGAGCGCCAGAAGCGCAUUGAGGAGCAGAAGGAGCAGAGGCGGAGGCUGGAGGAGCAACAAAGGCGGGAGAAGGAGCUCCGGAAACAGCAGGAGCGGGAACAGCGCCGGCACUAUGAAGAGCAGAUGCGUCGGGAGGAGGAGCGGAGGCGCGCAGAGCAUGAGCAGGAGUACAUCAGGCGUCAGUUAGAGGAGGAACAAAGGCAGUUAGAGAUCUUACAGCAGCAGCUCCUGCACGAACAAGCUCUACUUCUGGAAUACAAGCGCAAACAGUUGGAAGAGCAGAGACAAGCGGAAAGGCUUCAGAGGCAGCUGAAGCAGGAGAGAGACUACCUGGUCUCCCUCCAGCAUCAGCGACAAGAGCAGAGGCCCCUGGAGAAGAAGCCACUGUACCACUACAAGGAGGGCAUGAGUCCCAGCGAGAAGCCAGCCUGGGCCAAAGAGGUAGAAGAACGCUCAAGACUAAACCGACAGAGUUCACCUGCCAUGCCUCACAAGGUUGCCAACAGGAUCUCUGACCCCAACCUGCCCCCAAGAUCAGAGUCCUUCAGCAUUAGUGGGGUUCAGCCUGCCCGGACACCCCCAAUGCUCAGACCUGUUGACACCCAGAUCCCACAGCUGGUAGCUGUAAAAUCCCAGGGACCUGCGUUGACCGUCUCCCAGUCGGUGCAUGAGCAACCCACCAAGGGCCUGUCUGGGUUCCAGGAGGCUCUGAAUGUGACCUCUCACAGGGUCGAGAUGCCACGCCAGAACUCGGAUCCCACCUCAGAAAACCCUCCUCUCCCCACUCGCAUUGAGAAGUUCGACCGAAGCUCUUGGUUACGACAGGAGGAAGACAUUCCACCAAAGGUGCCUCAAAGAACAACUUCUAUAUCCCCAGCAUUAGCCAGAAAGAAUUCCCCUGGGAAUGGCAGUGCUCUGGGCCCCAGACUUGGAUCUCAACCUAUCAGAGCAAGCAAUCCUGAUCUCCGCAGAACAGAGCCCAUCCUGGAGAGCCCCCUGCAGAGGACCAGCAGUGGCAGUUCCUCCAGCUCCAGCACUCCCAGCUCCCAGCCCAGCUCCCAAGGAGGCUCUCAGCCUGGGUCACAAGCAGGAUCUAGUGAACGAACCAGAGUUCGAGCCAACAGUAAGUCAGAGGGAUCACCUGUGCUCCCCCACGAGCCCACCAAGGUGAAACCUGAAGAAUCCAGAGACAUCACCCGGCCCAGUCGGCCAGCUAGCUAUAAGAAAGCUAUAGAUGAGGAUCUGACGGCAUUAGCCAAAGAGUUAAGAGAACUCCGGAUUGAAGAAACAAACCGUCCACUGAAGAAAGUGACUGAUUACUCCUCCUCCAGCGAGGAGUCGGAGAGCAGCGAGGAGGAGGAAGAGGACGGGGAGAGCGAGACGCACGAUGGGACGGUAGCUGUCAGCGACAUCCCCAGACUGAUACCAACAGGAGCUCCAGGGAGUAACGAGCAGUACAGCGUGGGGAUGGUCGGGACGCACGGGCUGGAGACUUCGCAUGCCGACACCUUUGGAGGCAGUAUUUCAAGAGAAGGAACCUUAAUGAUCAGAGAGACGGCUGAAGAGAAGAAGCGAUCUGGCCACAGUGACAGUAAUGGCUUUGCGGGUCACAUCAACCUCCCAGACCUUGUGCAGCAGAGCCAUUCCCCAGCCGGGACUCCCACCGAGGGACUGGGUCGUGUCUCCACCCAUUCCCAGGAGAUGGACUCUGGAACUGAAUAUGGUAUGGGAGGCAGCACCAAAGCCUCCUUCACCCCCUUCGUGGAUCCCAGAGUGUACCAGACGUCGCCCACUGAUGAAGAUGAAGAAGAUGAUGAGUCAUCCGCUGCUGCCCUGUUUACUAGCGAACUUCUUAGGCAAGAACAGGCUAAACUCAAUGAAGCAAGGAAGAUUUCAGUGGUAAAUGUGAACCCAACCAACAUUCGCCCUCAUAGUGACACACCGGAAAUCAGAAAAUACAAGAAACGCUUCAAUUCCGAAAUACUCUGUGCAGCUCUGUGGGGUGUGAACCUUCUGGUGGGAACUGAGAAUGGCCUGAUGCUUUUGGACAGAAGCGGCCAAGGCAAAGUCUACAAUCUGAUCAACCGGAGGCGGUUCCAGCAGAUGGAUGUACUAGAAGGACUAAAUGUUCUUGUGACGAUAUCAGGAAAGAAGAAUAAGCUCCGUGUUUACUAUCUUUCCUGGUUAAGAAAUAGAAUACUGCACAAUGACCCGGAAGUGGAAAAGAAGCAGGGCUGGAUCACAGUCGGGGACCUGGAAGGCUGUAUACAUUACAAAGUUGUUAAAUAUGAGAGAAUCAAGUUCUUGGUGAUCGCCUUAAAGAAUGCAGUGGAGAUAUAUGCUUGGGCCCCUAAACCUUACCACAAGUUCAUGGCGUUUAAGUCUUUUGCAGAUCUCCAGCAUAAGCCUCUGCUUGUUGACCUCACAGUGGAAGAAGGUCAAAGGUUAAAGGUCAUUUUUGGCUCUCACACUGGUUUCCAUGUAAUUGAUGUUGAUUCUGGAAACUCCUAUGAUAUCUACAUACCAUCCCAUAUUCAGGGCAACAUCACUCCUCAUGCUAUUGUUAUCUUGCCCAAAACGGAUGGAAUGGAAAUGCUUGUCUGUUAUGAGGACGAGGGGGUGUAUGUGAACACCUACGGCCGGAUCACGAAGGAUGUAGUGCUCCAGUGGGGAGAGAUGCCCACGUCUGUGGCCUACAUUCAUUCCAAUCAGAUAAUGGGCUGGGGCGAGAAAGCUAUUGAGAUCCGGUCAGUGGAAACAGGACAUUUGGAUGGAGUAUUUAUGCAUAAGCGAGCUCAAAGGUUAAAGUUUCUUUGUGAAAGAAAUGAUAAGGUAAAUCCGUUUCAACUUUGCUUUAGUGUUUGCAUUUUAAGAGACCACCAGGUACCUGUGAAACCUUCAUUUUCCUUUAUACUGACAAGUCACAUCUGUGUUAAAUGAUCAGUCACUCUCUUGAAAUGACAUUAUUGGUUUGCUUCAUGUGAACAUUCGGAAUAUGACUCAUGCAUCCUAGCCAACAUAAAACAUCUAAAACUUCCUUGUAAACUCUCGGUAACUCCUAUGGCCUGAGGGCCUGCUGGUGAUUUAACAACCAUCCUAGACUCUCCUGUGCAUUUAGAGCAGCUAGCUCAUCAUUCAUCAUCUCACAGUGGGUCAGCCUUAGGCUUUCACUUUUAGGCCUUUCACGGAGACGCUAUUGGGACUUAGCUUUCAUAUUAUAUUCACCCCUAAGUGUAAAACAUCUGACAUGUAGAAAUAUGAACUUCUAAAAAAUGUCACUCAUUCCCCAGACACUAAGUCACAAACUCAAUUCCUGCCAUGUCCUGUCUCAUUCCAGCCAUGUGUCUCCUGACAUGUCACAGGGGAGCUAUGUUCUAAUGUCUGUCCAGCAUGAUCAGUCACCACAGGAGUAUACUGAAGUGGUCAUGCUCUACCUCGCCCUCCCUGUAGCUGAUUGCCUCUGAGACAAUAGUCAGCCUACCAACCAUGUCCCUGAAGCAGCAGAUAUGAAUACCCGUAGGAAGGAAUGUGAUGGGUUGAACUGUUUACAUCUCUUUGUUCACCCCAGUUCCCCAGAGGCCAGGCUGGUCUUCAUCCAACCCUGAUAAUAUGGGUCUGGAUUCUUUGACCCUGGCUAACUGCUUCUGACCUAGUGUGGUCGAGUGGAUAGUAGCUGUAGGAGACAAGGAUGGUUACCAGGGGACUUAUCAGACGCCAGACUUAACAAGUAAGACUCCAACACUCCUACAAUCCUAGAACCUAAGACAUGAAAUGUCUGGGUGUGGAUGACCACACUGCUGUAGUUCUUGACAACGUACCCCAGCAGGCCUGGGCCAGCCCAUACUCUCAGGCUGGGGCCUCUACUUUAAUCCCUGAACCCACAGCUAGAGACAAGCAACCCUUUCCUUUCAGCACAUCCUCACCAUCCUCCCCACUUCGAUUCUCUGACCACUUAGAGUAUUCCUAUGUAGCAUUAGCUAAAUGUCAGGCAAUUCCACAGGCUUCUUAAGGAGCAUGGGGACAAAGUAGCACUCAUGACACACACACUCAUUCCUCAGAUCACAGGCACUGGCUGACUGAAGGGCUAAUGCACAGCCCCAAAUAUUAUUUCCUGGGGCAGUGGUUCACUGACAUUCAGCUCAAGCAAGCAGUAAUUAAGUUCUGCUCACUCCCAGGGCUUUUGAUAAAAUGAUUGAACUGGUUCGGACCUAAUGGACUAUGGUUCUGCUUAUUGAUGCCAUUGUCUCCUUUGGCUUAGGAUCUGCCAGCAUCGGCAUAGAGGCCCGGUGCCAACCCCUGAAGCGCCAGACUGGAUAGGCAUUCACCAACUUCGCCUAAUCAACCAUAGCCACUCUGGGGUCUUUGUUUUCCAGUUUGAAAACUGAACACUGAAGUUGUACAGCUCUCAGUAGCCCCCCAAAUUUUGCCCAUAACUUUGGGAAUUUAAAGGGAUUCUCUUUCAUCUGCCUCCAUGUCAUUUACAAGGGAGAGAAAGAUUGUCCCUGUACCUUUUUAGAAAUCAUCAUUGUCCCAGGCCAGAAGUCCAGCAAUAAAUAAUAAUGUUAGAAAAUGUAAGGGCAGGAGGGUUUCCAUACAAUGCCUUUCUCAGAAGUCACUAUAAACACUGGCCAUAGAAACUUAGCUGACAUAUGGCAGGACAGGCCAUGUGAGAGGAAAUGGCUGGACAGGUGGAGAAGAGAAGGGGAGAAAACCCACGAAGCCGAACUAACUUGUUUUUAAUUUCAAACAGGUGUUUUUUGCAUCCGUGCGGUCUGGAGGAAGUAGCCAAGUGUUUUUCAUGACCCUCAACAGAAAUUCCAUGAUGAACUGGUAACGGAAGAGCACUUGGCACUUAUCUUCACGCGUUCUUUCUAAUGUAAAAGAACAUAACCCAUGUGGACGUGUGCCAGUCUAGAGGCAGAACCAGAAGGCCUGGUUGAACAUAGCGCUUCCCUGUUUCCUCUCCCUCCAGCCCUCCCAACAGAGUCCCCUCUUUCAGCGUUGCAGCCUGGUUGAGAAGGAGAGAAAGAGGUGGCAGGAAUGUCCGGGAGACCCCGAGGAUGCUGCAUUGUCUCUGGACAGAGUUGGACCUUGUGCCCUUCGGAGUUAGGGAUAGAAACAAAUAUCGUGUGCUUUUAUGGUUAAGCUGUGUUUGUGCUGGGUUUUCAGUUCUUUUGGUUUGGGGUUUUUUUAACUUUUUUUUUCUUUACCCCCUUGUUUUGUAAGAAUGGGGAAGAAUGCAUACUGGGAAAUUAGUCUUCUUUUUUUUUUAAUUCUGUCUGCCUGCUAGCUUUAAGUAUAUGGUAUGUUGUAAGAUUUCCAAUUCCCAGUAGUGAGAGACAGCACAAUCAAUGUACUUCUCUCCCCGCACUGAAGGCCAUAACCGCACUGUCGUGUAAUUUAAGAACUCUCUUGCCUUCCCCAACCCAAGGGGCUAUUUUGUUAUUUUUUUUAUUGCUACUGGCUAAUGAAUUUUUGAAAGAGAACAAAAUAGCUGGUUUUCUCCUCUCUGGGGAAAGAGAUUUUAAAUGGCUAAACUACUAGCCUUACUCUAAUAAAAUCAACUGCCACUUGUGUGAGCCUGGCAGGCCGUAUUUUGAUAUGGCCCUUUCUAGAAUGGAGGGUGUUGAAUGGGACAGAGAUGCCAUUGAGUUGAGUGGGCUUGUGUUUGGGGAGGGACUUUGGGGUGCCAUUGUCCCUCGAUUAUUAUGCAACAGAUCAGGGCAAAACAUGGAUGACAGGUGUGUCACCCGGAAGGAGCGUCUGAGCAAUGAGCUGAUAUGUCUAUGUAAAUACACACAUGUCCUUUCUGCAAGGUACAAAGUCUCCCUGCUAAGAGGUCCCUUCACUUGGGCUUUGUUAGGACUGAGACUGAUUGAGAUCUUUCCUGGAGCUGGGGUUACAUGACAACCACGCUCUGGAAACCCAGUUCCCUCCCGAGGGUGCCACUUUCUCAUGAUAAAAACUGUGACAAAGAAGAAUUACUAAUAAAUGUUUCUGAGCUGCCUGUGUUCUCACUGGGUAAAGGGACUAGACUCUCCGGCCUGCCACCAACACAGCGGGCACCAACAGCUCGGAUGUUAGGGAACCCGAAGGCAAGGCUUUGGCCAGAAUUCUGAGACCCUAAUCACGUUAUGUUCCUCCAAACUUCCCAACAUACUGUUAACAACAUCUGUGCAGAGGUGUGUACGUGUUUAGUUCAGGUUGACUUGUGUCCUUAUAAACCCUUACUCGAAUGAUUUGAUCCUUUAUGUGACUGGCUGGGAUUUUUCCCAAAGCUGUAAGCAUGGCCGCCUAUGGUAUCCAGGUGUCGCAACAUGGUAUCUGUGCUCUGCUUCCUGUUUUAACCUACCUCGUUUUGUUUGUUUUUGUUUCUCUGUUCAUCACAGCAGUGUUAACUCCAGGAGACAUAUAGAGAGCUCAACCGGGCAAUCUCAGCUGUAUUGAUUACUUUCAAAACAGUAGUUAACCAAAUUGUUCUUUAAAAAUUGGAGGGAGAAAAAAAUAAUAUCCAGUGACAAAAACCCGAUGAGGUUUGUUUUUAAAGAAUACAAUUACUGGAAAUGGAUCAAAAAAGAAAAACAAAAACUGGAUCCUACUGAUUUUGCCUAAACAAAAGAGCAGCUAACGUACUAUUAAUGAGAACGAAACAUAUGUUAGGAAAUUGGGACCUUUUUAAUCUGGUGUUUUGGCCAAAGGGGAUGAGAAGGGGGAAUAUGCUGAGUUCUGAAUAUAGCUUAUUCUGUACUCCCCAAGGGUGAUGGUCAUUUGCAGUUAUCUAAGCAGGUAACACACAGGAUGUAACGAGGGUGGCCUUCAGGUGAUCACCGGGCUGUACCCAGCACAGGCCCUCUAGCUCUCCAAAGCAAUGAAACCCUGCUGUUCUCAUUUCUACUGCUGCUGUGAUGCUGCUGAACACAGUCUUCACAAAUUCCGGGGGACAGAUUCAGCAAUAGCUCUGGCUUGAAUUUAGCAACUACUGAAAUUGGAUGCUGAUGUGGACAAAUAAUGUGGGUUUGGGUCUUGUCUCCAAAUGUGAUUGCCACCAGCUCUUUAUAUUGCUGCUGUGACAUUCUGAACCAGAGGUUUCUUUAAAUUGUGUUGCAAACUGAUCUGUUUUUAUGUUUUGUUUCGUUCCGUUCUUAUUUCUAAGUGAUACAUCUGAAACACACAGCUUUAAAUGAUUUUUUAUUGUGGGACUUUGGGUACAGUAAGAAAUAAAAGGGAAUCAUUGUGUUUAAGCAUAAGGUAGUUUGUGAAUGUAUUUUUUAAAAUCUAGAUUCAUUGGAACAAAAAAUCAUAAGCAAACAUAUUAACGCCGUCUUGUUUACAGUAUGUACAGUGACAAAACAUAACAUGAGCUUUUUCUGGUGCCAACAAAAUAAAACACAGACGUUAAACAUCAAGCCAUGCCUUUUAUAUUUUUGUACGAAUAGUUUGCACUGAGCAUAAGGCAAAACACCAAAUUGAAAAGAGGCCCACUAAUCUCUGCUCCUUAAAAUACAUUUAGAGAAUUCCUUGAGGCAGUUAUCUUCAAAAGUAAAUAUUCUGGCAUUUAUGACGGGUCUCAACCCUAACACCGUGAGACCUUGGUCAUGCAAAAUAUAUCAGAGUGGUUCCCUUGAGCUUCAUCAUACAGUUCCCAAAUUUGGGGGUGGAUUUCCUUUUGUUUGCUUAUUUUUUUCUGGUGGGUGGGAGCUCUUUACCUAGUGUAAUUUCAAACUGCUUUUGUUUUGAUCUUUCCUUUAAGAAGGUUUUGUUCCUAGAAAUUAAUCAGGUUUCUGCUUUUCUACAAGGAAAAACAGUCUUCCCCCAAAGACAGCUUUAGUAGACCUGCCCAUCCUCAACACACUAAAUUGCUGACCAUUCAGCCAACCCACUAAACAUGCCCACACCAUAGCUUUGGCUGGGACCUGGAAAGAGACCAUUGUGCUCAAGUGCUGGCCAGGAUGUUGUAGCUUGGAUUCCUGUAUCCAGUGAAUGAUGGAGAUGAAUUGACUGUGAAUCCUUCCCACACUGAUUCCAUUCAGAUCAUAUAUGGCCAUCCCACAACAUACAAACAACAACUUACAUUAAGUACCACAUGAAACUUGAUAGCUCUAGUUAGAUGGAGCUCAGUGAAUUUUCUUGGGGAAUUUUAAACAAACUUCAAGACCUAGACUUGCUUGUAUUAUUAUGAUUUUUAUUCAAUGGGGUACAUUAAGAUUAGGGCAAACUCUCACAAGGCCACUUAGAUGGGGUCCUGUGCUUCUAACACUACCAUCCCACUGUCAUUUUCUGGGGUCCGCACCUAACAGACCUUGCAUCAAGUGCACAUUUUUCAAAGCCAUUGUAGUUUCUGGUUGUCACUCUCUGCCUCUAACGUUUUCUGUCUGCUCUUGUGAUGCACUGACCAUUUUGUCUCUGGCCCCUCCUGUGCAGUCGUUUAGAAAGAGGUGUGAUACUCAGGCCUGAGCCAUUUGGGUUUUGUCCAUUGACAAAGAAGGGCCAAAGUCUGACUUCACAGUCACAAAGUUCUCUUUUGAAACUGCUUUCCCUGCUACUGUAUGUACAAGUUCAUGUCACCGUAGCCUCGAACCGUGCAAGCGCUGUGUGUGUGCUGUCUCAGAAAGUCCAUGUGCACGGGCACCAUCGCCUUUAUGCUGACUGCUUCACGAUAUACAGUGUGCUGUGUCAUUGUUAAGAAGGAAGAUAUAGGUGUUGAUGGAACUUUGACCAUGACGUGUUGCAGGAAAGCAUGAGAAAAUCUGCCAUGCUCCAAACACUCCAGAGACUCUCUGGUACUAUGUUCUGGCCAUCUCGACAGUUAUUAAUUACCUUUUAGUUCAUUCCUGAAAAAUGAAAUAUAAAUGUUUCAAACAAUGCAUACAAACCACCUGACAAGCCAAGAACUUGCUUUCCCUAAGACUACAUAAUUAUAACACAAAAUUUAACCCCUAAAGUCUAAUUUUUUUUUUAUUUACCUGCUGGAAUUUCUCGUAGAUGCCAUUGUAUUUGGCCUUGCUCACUACAGCAGUAUUAGGGACCCUAAAAUGAGCUGUCUUCCCAUGAGUCUCACACAGUGUCAACUUAAAGGAUCUCUUUUCCAGAGCCCAACAAAGAGUAAAAGCUCUUCACAGUUUGCAGGUCCCCAGCUGACAACAUGUACACUUUUGCCAAGUACUUUCUAGUGUUAUGUUAUUUCCAUACUGCGUCAUUGUUCUGGAAAUCUCUCCAUAGACAUUUGUGAUAGUCAACAGUUUGCACAGCAUUAAACAAUCUGAGAUCAUGA